UAUAAGCUUAUUGGCUCAUUUUCUUGCUUUCAAGAGAACAAGGGAGAGGACCAAGUAAAUGCUGAUAGUGACUGCUCUCUCUGGAUGCCUGUUCCACCACCAGGCUAUGUGGCUGUUGGCUGUAUAGCUCAUGUUGGAAAGGGACCUCCUCCAAACCACAUUGUCUAUUGCCUUAGAUCUGAUCUUGUCACAUCUGCUAAUUUAUCUGACUGCAUAUAUUGUGUUCCUUCUAAUUCAAGAAUUUUGUCUGGGUUUAGCAUAUGGCGUGUUGACAAUAUCAUUGGUACAUUCUGUGCACAUGCUUCUAUGCAUUGCCCAACAAAGGACAAUGGCUUUGACUUGCAUCAGAUCCUUCUCCGUAAUCCCAACUGGAAUAUCCCACACUGUAAAUCUAAUUCAGAUGUCUCGGGUUGAAAAUGAUCGGCAAAGUCAGCAGGAUGGUGAUCAAAAUAGCAAUUCCUCUGGAUGGGACAUCAUCCGAUCAUUGUCAAAAACAAGUAACUGUUAUAUGUCAACCCCCCAUUUUGAAAGGGUUUGGUGGGAUAAAGGUUGCGAUUCUCGGCCACCAAUUUCAAUAUGGCGGCCUCUCCCACGUCCUGGAUUUGCCGCACUUGGUGAUUGUGUUACAGAAGGAUUAGAGCCACCUUCUUUAGGACUAGUAUUCAAGUGUGAUAGCUCAGUCAUUUCUGCAAAGCCUGUGCAAUUCACCAAAGUAGCUCACAUUGUUGGAAGGGGGAUUGAUGAAGCUUUCUUCUGGUACCCAAUUCCUCCACCAGGUUAUGCAUCACUGGGAUGUGUAGUUACUAGGACAGAUCAAGUACCUAAGGAGGAUUCCUUUUGCUGUCCAAGGAUGGAUCUUGUCAACCAAGCCAAUGUUUCUGAUGAGCCGGUCUCUAGGUCUCCUAGUUCAAAAGCUCCCAACUGCUGGAGUAUCUGGGCAGUUGAUAAUCAGGCUUAUACAUUUCUUGCACGACCUGAUCUCAGAAAACCGUCUUCUCGUUUGGCAUAUAAUAUAACUGACUGUGUGAAACCUAAAGCACGAGAAAAUAUAACUGCUGAAAUAAAUGUUGGGUGCUUCUCAGUCAAUAUACUGGACAGCUUGUGUGGAACGAUGACACCUGUUUUUGAUACAACGAUAACAAACAUUAAUCUUGUUACACAUGGGCGUCUUGAAUCUAUGAAUGCUGUUUUGGUCUGUUCAAUUGCUGCUUCGACAUUCAACAGACAAUUAGAAGCUUGGGAACCACUUGUUGAGCCAUUUGAUGGUAUUUUUAAGUUCGAAACAUAUGACACCAAUGGGCAGUCUCCAAAUAAGAUUGGAAAAAGAAUUCGUGUUGCUGCUACUACUAUUGUUAAUCUCAACCUCAGUGCUGCUAGUCUUGAAGUGCUUACUGAAACCAUGGUUUCUUGGAAUAAGCAAAAUGAUCUGGAGCAGAAAUUGUUAAGAAGAAAUGAGGAACCUGCUGAAAAUUUCAGUAAUGUUGAUUUAGCAUUUUCGGCUCUAGAAGAUGAUCUUCAAAAAGUGAUUGUAGAAAAUAACCUUGGAUGUGAUAUCUUCAUUAAAACGGUUGAACAAAUAUCAGAAACCGUUGACGUGCUACAGAACAACACCCAGAUGACACUGUUGAUGCCACCUCCCACUUUUUCUGAUCGGUUAAACACGGUGUCCAAAUCUAGGGAAAUACGCUAUUAUGUUGCGAUAGAGAUCAUUGAAUCCAAGGGAUUGCCUUUGUUGGAUGACGGAAAUAGCCAUGAAUACUUUUGUGCACUACGCCUAUUAAUUGAAAGUAAGGGCCCAGAUCAAUAUAAGCUUUCUCCUCAAAGUGCAAGGACGAGAUGUGUAAAACCCAACAUCUCAAAAAAUAGCAACCAGGAAGGACAUGCUAAAUGGAAUGAACUUUUCAUAUUCGAAGUUCCUGAACAGGGAUCAGCAAAUUUAGAAGUUGAAGUUACGAACCUGGCUUCAAAAGCUGGAAAAGGAGAAGUAAUAGGGGCGUUGUCUAUUCCUAUUGGAAAUGGUGCUCAUACACUGAAGCGAGCAUCUUCAAUUAGGAUGCUACAGCAGACUGCCAAUGCUCAGCGGUUUUCCUUGUAUCCAUUGAGGAGAAAGGAUCAGGAUGGAAGUGGGGAGGAUAGAGUGAACUGUGGAAAUUUAGUUGUCUCUACUACUUAUUUUGAGAGGGGUUCUUGUCUGAACUCGCAAAGGAAGACAGAGAGCACAAUGAGCAGUGAUAGGGAUGUCGGUUUUUGGGUUGGGCUCGGCCCGGAGGGGCCAUGGGAGAGUAUUGAUUCUCUACUGCCACUAACAGUUAUUCCACAAUCAAUUGACAAAAACCCUUUUGCGCUUGAUGUUACCAUGCAAAACAGCAAGAAGCAUGCCAUUCUUCGUGCUCUUGCAAUUGUGAUGAAUGAUGCUGAUGUCAAGUUUGAAAUUUCUCUAUGUCCUGCUGCUAUGCUGAGUAGUUCUAUUGUAAACAUGGAGAACAGCAAUUUUAGCACAGUGACAGAAGAGGUCUUUGAGAAUCAGAGAUAUCAACCAAUUUCAGGUUGGGGAAACAACUCGUCCAGUUCUCAUAGCAGUGAUCCAGGUCGCUUUAGUACAAGGAACUUCUCAUAUUCUUCAAAGGACUUCUUCGAGCCCUCCCUUCCAGAGGGUUGGCGGUGGAUAUCUCCAUGGAAUAUUGAAAGAUCUGAGUUUGUGGAUAGUGAUGGAUGGGCAUAUGGACCUGAUUUUCAGAGUUUAAAAUGGCCCCCAACUUCCUCAAGAUCAUCUUCAAAAUCUGUUCCAGGAUUUGUACGGCGGAGACGUUGGAUUCGUACAAGGCGACAAUUGCCAGAAAAAAGAGUUUCAAGCGCUCAUAAUGUAAUUGCUGUAGUUAAUCCUGGGUCAUCAAGUGUUCUCCCUUGGAGAAGUAUGGCGAAGGAUAUGGAUAUGUGCUUAUUAGUUCGCCCAUAUGGUGAAAAUUCUCAAGAGCCAUACACAUGGGGCCAGAGUGUCACCCUAAAUUCUUCCAAGAAUCGAUCUUUAAAUCAGCAGGCUUCAUUUUCCAAACAAAGCACCAUGCAACAUGAAAACCUCUCUUCACAAAAUUCUCCAUUAAGGUUGAAUCAGCUUGAGAAAAAUGAUAUGCUCUUGUGUUGUAGGCCAAGUGGUAGUGCACCACCAUAUUUCUGGCUCGGUAUCAGCGUUGAUGCUUCUGUUCUUCACACUGAAUUGAAUACUCCAAUUUAUGACUGGAAAAUUUCUAUCAAUGCUGCUAUCAGAUUGGAGAACAAGCUUCCUUGUCAAUCUGAAUACACUAUCUGGGAGAAAACAACUGAGGGUGCGAUGUUGAAAAGGCAGCAUGGUAUCAUCCCAUCUUGCAGAACUGCAUUUAUAUAUUCAGCAGAUUUGCGGAGACCCAUUUAUCUUACCUUGUUUGUCCAAGGUGGUUGGGUUCUUGAAAAGGAAGCUGUUCUUAUUAUGGAUUUAAUAUCUCUUGGCCAUGCGUCAUCUUUCUGGAUGGUUCAGAAACCGAGUAACAGGAGGCUGCGUGUGAGUGUGGAACAUGACAUGGGAGGAACUGAUGCUGCCCCCAAAACAGUGAGAUUUUUUGUUCCGUAUUGGAUACAGAAUGAUUCAUGUGUACCAAUUAUCUAUAGACUUGUGGAGGUUGAACCAUUAGACAAUUCAGAGGCUGAUUCUCUCCUAAUAUCUAAAGCUGUUAAAUCAGCGAAGGUUGCAUUAAAGCAAACAUCACGAUCUAUUGACAGGAAACAUUCUCUCUUAAGGAGAAACAUACAAAUACUGGAAAAUAUUGAUGAGUCUUAUCAGAAUUUUGUCAUGUUCUCACCCCAAGACUAUAUGAAUCGAAGUGGGAUUCUACCAUUCCCUUCCCGUGGUGAUACAUUCCUUUCAACACGUGUCGGUAUUUCUGUGGCUGUUCGUCAUUCUGAUAAUUAUUGUCCUGGAAUUUCCUUGUUUGAACUUGAAAGGAAGGAGCGAGUUAAUGUUAAAGCAUUUGCUUCUGAUGGAUCAUAUUACAAGCUGUCAGCCCAACUUAAUAUGGCUUCUGACAGAACAAAGGUUGUUCGAUUUAUUCAGCAGAGUUUGUUUCUAAAUAGAACCGGGAACAGCAUAUCUUUAUCUCAAGAUGGUACUCAACAUGUAGACAGGCUCCAUGCUGUUGAUCCUCCCAAGCUAUUUAAAUGGCAAUCCAGUGCCAGAAAUGAAAAGUUGAAGCUGCGUGUGGAUGGGUACAAAUGGAGCACGCCUUUUAGCAUUGAAAGUGAUGGUUUGAUGUGCGUUUGUAUGGAAAAUGAGAAAGAAAAUUCUCAGAUGUAUAUAAAAGUGGAAGUACGAAGUGGAACAAAAAGCUCACCGGAUGAAGUCAUUUUCAGACUUGCUUCAUCAUCUAGCCCAUAUAGAAUUGAAAACCGGCUACUAUUCUUGCCUAUACGUUUUCGCCAAGUAAAUGGUACUGAUAAUUCUUGGCACAGUCUUCCUCCUAAUGCUUCAGCUUCUUUUUUUUGGGAAGAUCUUGGUAGACAACGGUUGUUGGAAGUUUUGGUUGAUGGAACUGACUCAACAAAAUCUGAGAAGUAUAACCUUGAUGAGCUUGUGGAUCAUCAACCCAUGCAGACAUAUAAUGGGCCCAUCAGGCCUCUCCAUUUCACUGUUCUGAAAGAGGGUAAAGUUAAUAUUGCUCGAAUCUGUGAUUGGAUGCCAGACAAUGAUUCUGUAGCUCUUGUGCAUGGGGGCAUCUCUUUGCCUGUGUUUCAACCAUCUAACAGUGAUUAUGGAAUGUCUCCAUCAGCUUCUGACAGUGAAUGUCACGUUACUUUUGAGCUUGCAGAGCUUGGAUUAUCUGUGAUUGACCAUAUGCCUGAGGAGAUUCUGUAUCUGUCCAUGCAGAGUCUAUCAGUUUCGUAUUCAUCUGGGCUAGGCUUAGGAAUAAGCAGAUUCAAGCUACGGAUGCAAGGGAUCCAAGUUGAUAACCAAUUGCCUUUUACUCCAAUGCCAGUUUUGUUUAGGCCUCAGAGGGUUGGGGAUGAUAUGGAAUAUAUAUUGAAGUUUUCAUUGACCAUGCAAACAAAUGGUUCGCUAGAUUUGUCUGUAUACCCGUAUCUUGGUUUGCAGGUACCAGAGAAUUGUGCAAUUUUGGUGAACAUUCAUGAACCAAUAAUUUGGCGUCUUCAUGAAAUGUUUCAACAAGCGAAAUCCAGUAGGAUCUUUGGCUCUCCAACAAAUGCUGUUUCUGUUGAUCCAACAAUACAGAUAGGGCUUCUUAACAUAUCUGAAAUUCGAUUCAAACUGUCAAUGACAAUGUCACCCACACAACGUCCCAAAGGUGUUCUUGGAUUCUGGUCAUCAUUGAUGACUGCAUUGGGAAACACAGAGCAUAUGCCGGUGCGUAUUGCUCCAAGGUUUCAUGAAAACAUAUGCAUGCGUCAAAGUGCUCUUAUUAGUUCAGCAGUGUCCAGCAUUCAAAAAGAUCUUCUCAGUCAGCCUCUUCAACUGCUCUCUGGUGUAGACAUUCUUGGCAAUGCAAGUAGUGCAUUGGGCCACAUGAGUAAAGGAAUGGCAGCUCUAUCAAUGGACAAGAAAUUUAUCCAAAGCCGACAAAAGCAGGAUAACAAAGGUGUUGAAGACAUAGGCGAUGUUAUCAGGGAGGGUGGUGGAGCUCUUGCAAAAGGCUUCUUUAGAGGAGUGACUGGUAUAUUAACCAAGCCUCUUGAAGGCGCAAAAUCAUCAGGUGUUGAGGGUUUUGUUCAAGGUGUAGGUAAAGGAAUAAUUGGUGCUGCAGCUCAACCUGUCAGCGGUGUACUUGAUCUGCUGUCAAAAACUACUGAAGGUGCUAAUGCUGUGAAAAUGAAGAUAGCUUCAGCCAUCACAUCAGAAGACCAGUUGCUUCGCAAGCGUCUUCCUCGAGUGAUUGGUGGAGACAAUCUUCUGCGUCCCUAUGAUGAGUUUAAGGCAACGGGCCAGGCCAUCUUACAGCUGGCUGAGUCUGGUGCCUUUUUUGGCCAAGUUGAUCUGUUUAAAGUCCGAGGAAAAUUUGCAUUUUCAGAUGCCUAUGAAGAUCAUUUUUUACUUCCAAAGGGAAAAGUUCUUUUAGUCACCCAUCGGAGGGUAAUUCUUUUGCAACAACCAGCAAAUAUUAUGGCUCAGAGGAAAUUCAAUCCGGCUAGAGAUCCCUGCACAAUACUAUGGGAUGUUGUCUGGGAUGACUUAGUUACUAUGGAGUUGACACGUGGAAAAAAGGACCAACCUGGAUCAUUGCCAUCUCACCUUAUUAUUUAUCUACAUUCCAGAUCAAUUGAGUCGAAGGAAAGUACUCGUGUGAUCAAAUGCACUCGUGGAUCUCAACAAGCUUGUGAUAUAUAUGCUUCAAUUGAUCAAGCAUUGAACACUUACGGACCAAAUGCUUCAAGGCUUGGGCACAAAAACAAGGUUGUGAGACCGUAUACUCCAUCUACUACUGCUGUUAGCCCAGAAAUAUUUCCUAAAGAAGCUUUUGGGAUUUGGGGUGCUCAAGCAAGUUCUGGGUCACUUCCUGUGAACUCUGGUUUAGGCUCAGUGGUUGCUCAAUCUCAACCCAGAGAUUAGCAAAAUUUUCGAUCGGGAAGUAAAUCGUAAAACUUCAAUUGCUGUGUUUUUUUUUCUCAUCAUAGUGCUGAGAGAAGAUGAAGAGAAAAGUUUGUCAGAAGCUUGCUAGAUAUUUCUUUAGGCAUUACCUUUGCUCUGAAAAGGUUAGAAUCAUAGGCCAGUAUUUUAAUGUUUAAUGUCUAGUUUUCAGAAGGUCAUACAUAUUCAUUUCACCCUUGAAGGUCUUUUGUAAAUAGUUGAUAUUUCUUUUCUUUUUUCUUCUUUCUGUGGGCACUAUACAAUGUCACUGCCUUUUAACUGCCUGCACUUUGUAAAAUGUAAAUUGGUACCUCAAUUUCAACCGGGCUUUGUGUUGAUCUUUCCGUUUGUAAAGAAAUAUGAAAAUGAGAUUAAAUAGUCAUAUGUGAGUGUUUUGGUUC